AACGCGGAUUGUCAGAUUGUUUCGUUUGUUUACGCUUUGCUUUCUUAUAAGUUUAUUAAUGUCAAAUAUAACAAUAUUUAGUUUAGUGUGUGAAUGAAUUGUGUGUGAUGUCGAAGGAAUUCAUUAGCAGUUCUGCACAGAAUGUUGCAAGUUCAUCGGUUGUUAUUGUUUUGGAUGAUGAUGAGCAGCCGGCUGUAAUUGAUCUUGUUGGUCAAGCUCCAGCAGGUGAUCGAAAAUGCAUCAAUUACUCAUGUCAAAGUGGUAUCAAUCUCAUCAAUCCACCUAACUUCUGUUUGUCUUACUACAGAGUUAAAAAUGAUACAAGCAAGAAACAAAUGAUUUGCAUGGAAUGCUUUCAUCUGGCAGUGCAAACCUUUGAUAUCCUCUGUCAGUCACUUACUGAUGAUGAUGGUGACAUUAUGGAAGUGGACAUUCCUGUAAGGGAUGAGACUGUUGCAAUUGAUGAUUCAGAUAGUGAUGGCGAGGGGAAGGAACCAGAUGUAUUAAUAGAUGAUGAAACUAUGAAAAUGCUUGAAGAGAAUUUCGAUGAUGUCCUUAACAAUGCAUUGAAAACAGUUAAGUAUGAGCAAAAAGUGGAAAAGGCUAUUGAUACAUUGAAGAAAAAGUAUGAAGCCAACAAUGACUCUUAUACGGAACUCAAAACUAUGAUUGAUAGUAUCAGAAAAGAAGUUGAUUCAAUGCUCUUUGGAUUAUAUAAAACAAUGAAGCCUACUAACGAGAUUUUGCCAGAAUUGAUUAUUGAAGAGAAAACUCUAAGGGUAUAUGAAAAUGUUUCAAAGAAAUCUGAUGGGUGUCAAACUGAGGUCAGAAUUCAAACUAGAAGUAAGAGUAUAGCAGCUACAAGUAAUGCUGACAUGAAACCUGAUGUAACAGAGCAUACACCUUUAGAACCACCUGCUGAUUUACCUAUCAGAACGAUUCUUGAAAAACCACCAUUAAUAAUAGGUAAUCAUUAUUACGUGAAGAAAAACUCGAAUUUAUCAUCCUGGAUUAAAGUUACAUUGGAUAAAAUACUGGGGCCGAACAACGGGACGCAGGUUUUUCAGGUGGUUCGCGAAACGAGUGGAUCUGGACUUACGCAAAGACGAACCGUGAACGGAAAGGAGAUUGCUUACUCCGAGAAGUCUAACGUGAUGUUGGACGUGGGGAAAAGGGUGAUUGCUCUUUUUAAGGAAUUUGGAGAUCUGAAAUCAUCAAAAAGGGAUGCAUACUACCCGGGGGUGGUUGGAGAGUUUCCAACGCAGCAUAACAAAUACCGUUAUCUUAUAUUCUUCGACGAUGGUUACGCGCACUACGUGCAUUACAACAAUGUCUUUCUCGUUUACCAUCAAAACGACAGCGUCUGGGAGGACGUCAACACUGAUUCGAUGGCUUUUAUCAGGAAGUAUGUAACGGAAUAUCCCAAUAGGUCGAUGGUCAAACUGCAAAAGAACCAAGUGUUCCGUACAGAAUUCAGAUCCAGAUGGUAUAUGACCACCGUUCUGAAUAUAGACUGUUCGCUGGCCCAAAUAUACUUCGAAUCACUGAAGAGGGUGGAAUGGAUAUACCGAGGUUCGAGGCGUUUCAACAUAAUGUACAAAGAGUUACAGGCGACCGACAGCAGAUUGCAAAACAGACAGCGUCACCAUAGAUCUGCUUACAUUCAAGCGAAUUCAGGGAAAACACCUUACGUGCAGUACACUAGGGACGAUGAUGUUAUUUGCGUAGAUGAUACUGCAAAAACAGAAAUUAGGUCCGUGGCGAAGAAAAGCACACGACCACCAUGCACAAUUGAUCCUAAACCUAUCUUGCCUGAAGCCAAGGACAUUACCCUAAAACCUGAAAAUCGUCCGCCAGGAAAGAUCGUGUACUACACACCAAAAAGGCAAAAUCCGUCGAUGAAGAUUUACAAGUUGCAUCAGUGCAACGAAUCGUGCCAACAAGAGAUGAUCACAUCACUGAGCCGUCUUAAAGGUUACGGACCACUGGCAAAACCUUUGCUCUGCGGAUUUUACCGUUUGCAUAACAAAGUGAAGGGUAGGAAACCAUCGGUGGUUUACAAGACGCCUUGUGGUCGAGUCGUUAGAAAUAUGCCCGAAUUACAUAAUUACUUACAAGAGAUAAAAUCCGACUUGACUGUUGACUUGUUCUCCUUCGACUAUUACGUCCGCUGCUUGGCGGAGUUCAUUUUAGAGCCUAAUUCCCCGGUUAUUAAGGAUCUUUCGACUGGUUUCGAGGAUAUACCAAUUCCAGUCGUAAACUACGUGGACAAUGAAUUGAACAACUUCGUUAAUUAUUCGACAACUCGAAUGCCAAUGGAAGGCGUCAAUCUUAACUUGGAUACGGAUUUCUUAGUUGGAUGCGAUUGUGAAGACGACUGUUCGGAUAAAAGUAAAUGCAGUUGCUGGCAAUUAACCUUACAAGGAACUAAAUAUUUGAACAAAACCAAGACUUCAAUAGGAUAUAAUUACAGGCGACUGAACGAGCCCGUUUUCACCGGUAUUUACGAAUGCAAUUCGAUGUGCAAAUGUUCGAAAACUUGUUUGAAUCGAGUCGUCCAAAAUCCUCUUCAACACAAACUGCAGGUCUUCAAGACGGUCAAUCGCGGCUGGGGCAUUCGGUGCAUAAAUGACAUUCCUCAAGGCUCAUUCAUUUGUAUCUACGCAGGAGCUUUGCUCACCGAGCAAAUGGCCAACGAGGGUGGCAAAAAUUACGGUGACGAGUAUUUAGCUGAGCUCGAUUAUAUUGAGUCGGUGGAAGGCUUCAAAGAAGACUAUGAACACGAGGCGUACACCAGCGACAAGGACUCCGAGGACGAAGAAGGCUCUAGGAAUGAAACGGCCAAGCAACGUAACCAUGACGAAGACUUCACACCGGCAAUGGAAGAUAGCGAUGAUUCCCUAGAAUCGUUAAAUUUAUGGACACGGUUAAGAAGGGCAGCAGCACAAUAUAAAAACGAUCCAGCCCCAGCACCUAAGAAGGUGGCAUCCACAUCUAAAAUGGAUGUCGAUGAAACUGUGACUAUAAGUGACGAUGAAGAUGUGCGGGAACCUUCGAGCUUCAACCCUGCAGAAACCGUAGAAUCUAAAGUCGAAUACAAAUCGGUGAGGGAAAUGUUUGGAAGCGAUGAGUGUGUAUAUAUUAUGGAUGCUAAGAAUACCGGAAACAUUGGAAGAUAUUUAAAUCAUUCCUGUACUCCGAAUAUCUUCGUGCAGAAUGUAUUCGUGGACACGCACGAUGUCCGAUUUCCUUGGGUCUCCUUCUUUGCAAUCAAUUACAUAAGGGCCGGCACCGAACUCACAUGGAACUACAAUUACGACAUCGGCAGCGUUCCUGGUAAAGUUAUGUAUUGUCGUUGCGGUUCGUCCGAAUGCAAAGGUCGUUUGCUUUAAACAGUAAUCUCUGAACUGGUGGAAAAUUGUAAUUUCCAAUAUUUUAUUUAUUAUUAUAGGGAAUAAACUCGAGUUGAUUUUAUGAA